GCACUGACGAGUUUUGCUGGCAGUCUUUGAAUCCCACCCAGUGUGUUGUGCUGUGUUCAACUUCGCCUCUCGGCCUGGAGCUGCAGCUGCGGCCCAGUGGACCACAGCAACAGGGAUGGAGAGCCCAAACCUUGGGGACAGCUCAGUCCCCUCCAUCACCCCCAGAGAGAGCCUAGUUCCAGACCUGCCUGGGGACCUCUGGCAAGUUGUUAACCCCUCUCGAGCCUCAGUUUCACCAUCUGUAGAAUGGGAGCAGGGGAAUCGCUCCCAUGUCGGUCAUCUUUCUAACCUUCAACACAAGCAAGGAGGAUGUUGUCGUUGGACUGGGAAGAGUGGAAGAUGAAAAGGAACUUGUGAUAAGCAAUGAGUGUAGCUCCCUUCUCCAGGAACCUGCUACCUCUAAUCUGUGUAGUGGUACUGCAGUGACAGAAUGCCAUGAGCCUAUCACACAUGGAUGGAAAAGAGUUGUGAAGCAAAGGCUGUCUGGGAAAACUGCAGGAAGAUACGAUGUGUACUUCAUCAGCCCACAAGGACUGAAGUUCAGAUCAAAACGUUCACUUGCUAAUUAUCUUCUCAAAAAUGGAGAGACUUUCCUUAAGCCUGAAGAUUUUGAUUUUACUGUGCCGUCCAAGGGGGACAUCAGGUUAGGUUAUAAAGGCCAAAGUUUGGCAGCUGUGACUUCCCGGCAGCCAAAGGAAAGCGACAUUUCAAACCGGAACCUCAGGACACGAAGCAAGUGGAAAACAGAUGUAUUGUCUCCACCCAGUGGUAAUUCAGAGUCACCAGGUAGCAGCAGACUGUCUAACUCUGUUUUGCUAUUGAAAGAUGAACACAUUCAUGAUGCUAACCCCAGAAAGACGAGAAAGCUCAAAAGAAAGGUGCCUGUUGGGAAAGGAAUUGGAAGUGAGAAAACCAAGCAAAGGUGUAGGAAGAGCCUCUCAGAUUCUGCUCAAAGUAACAGAAAAAGAGAACCUGUGAUUCAGAAAGCAGGUUCACAGGAACGUCAGCCCAACAGGACCCCCUGCCCUGCCGAUGUCUGCGCAAGCCAGGAGGCUGUCAGCAUGGCCGGGGAAGAAAAGGGCCUGGGGAAGGAAAAGCCACCAAGUCCAGGACCAGAUCUUCAUUCCACACAAGGGACUUCUGGCAUCACAAACAAAUUACAUGCAACUGAAGAAGCAGGUGACACGAAGCAUGAGCAGACUUUUUUAGAAUUAGAGGAAAUCAGGUGGAAGGGAGACCCAGAGAGGGGGGCACAUUUGCAUACGGACGCUUCACAGGGCGGCUCUGAAAUGCCCGGCUGCUCACAAGCCAAGAAACACGUCACUUCUGAGACUUUUCAAGAAGACAGCAUCCCACGAACACAAGUAGAAAAAAGGAAAACAAGCCUGUAUUUUUCCAGCAAGUACAACAAAGAAGCUCUUAGCCCCCCAAGACGAAAAGCCUUUAAGAAAUGGACUCCUCCUCGGUCACCUUUUAAUCUUGUUCAAGAAACACUUUUCCACGAUCCAUGGAAACUCCUCAUUGCAACUAUAUUUCUCAAUCGGACCUCAGGCAAGAUGGCCAUCCCUGUGCUUUGGGAGUUUCUAGAGAAGUACCCUUCAGCUGAGGUGGCCCGAACUGCUGACUGGAGGGACGUGUCAGAACUUCUCAAGCCUCUUGGUCUCUAUGAUCUCCGUGCAAAAACCAUUAUCAAGUUUUCAGAUGAAUAUCUGACAAAGCAGUGGAGGUAUCCGAUUGAGCUUCAUGGGAUUGGUAAAUACGGCAACGACUCCUACCGGAUCUUUUGUGUCAAUGAGUGGAAGCAGGUGCACCCUGAAGACCACAAAUUAAAUAAAUACCAUGACUGGCUUUGGGAAAAUCAUAAAAAAUUAAGUCUGUCUUAAAAGAGCCUGUUUGAAGUGUUCUGUGCAUUGCUUUGUGCUUCUGUUUCUAAGAGCCUCUGAUGUGCAGUGAGCCCCCUUCCCAGGCAUGUAGACUUUUUCAUUUUGUUAGAAGUCAGUGUGUGUCUUAAGCCUCUGCCACAAGUAGAUCUUGUCAGUGAGUGUUGCAGACAUGUUUUGAAUUU